CGUAAUACUAUUUUCAAAAGUAGUUUUAUUCGUUAUACUAUAACUAGUAAUUACUAUAAGCCUAUCGAUUUAUUCUUCGAACAUAUUAAUACUACAUACGCUAUUAAUAUUAAAAACUAUAAGAAUUCAACGUACGACAUCCAUACUAUAUUCUCCCGUCCAUCUCUUAAUAGCAACUACCUCUCCAUCAUUGGCAAAUCGAUAGAACGGUUUUUUAAUACCAACCAAAACGGAACCUAUACAUCUAGUAAUCCCAUUACUAAUAUUACUUUUUAUAUUAUCAAACUAUAUAGAGAUAGUAAAAUAAAAAGGUUUAGUAAACUAGAUUUAAGAGCCUUUAAUACCCCUAAUAUA